UCUCUGCAGGCAUGUACGGCAAAGGCAAGAGCAACAGCAGCGUCCCGUCCGACAGCCAGGCCAGAGAGAAGUUAGCACUAUAUGUAUAUGAAUAUCUUCUCCAUGUAGGAGCACAGAAGUCUGCACAGACGUUUUUAUCAGAGAUAAGAUGGGAAAAAAACAUCACAUUGGGCGAACCCCCAGGAUUCUUGCACUCUUGGUGGUGUGUGUUUUGGGAUCUUUAUUGUGCAGCACCAGAAAGACGUGAAACAUGUGAACACUCAAGUGAAGCUAAAGCCUUUCAUGAUUAUAGCGCUGCAGCAGCUCCCAGUCCAGUGCUAGGAAACAUUCCCCCAGGAGAUGGCAUGCCAGUAGGUCCUGUUCCACCGGGUUUUUUUCAGCCUUUCAUGUCUCCUCGAUAUCCAGGAGGGCCGAGGCCACCUUUAAGGAUACCCAAUCAGGCGUUAGGAGGUGUCCCAGGAAGUCAGCCAUUAUUACCUAGUGGGAUGGAUCCAACACGGCAGCAAGGUCAUCCAAAUAUGGGAGGACCAAUGCAGAGAAUGACUCCACCUAGGGGAAUGGUCCCACUAGGCCCACAGUCUGACCCUUGGUUAUCAUUGCAGAACUAUGGAGGUGCAAUGAGACCCCCACUGAAUGCUUUAGCUGGCCCUGGAAUGCCAGGAAUGAACAUGGGUCCAGGAGGUGGUAGACCUUGGCCAAACCCUACAAAUGCCAAUUCUAUACCAUACUCUUCUGCUUCACCUGGGAAUUAUGUAGGUCCACCGGGAGGUGGAGGGCCACCUGGAACACCCAUCAUGCCUAGUCCAGCAGAUUCAACCAACUCUGGAGAUAACAUGUACACUUUAAUGAAUGCAGUACCUCCUGGAGCCAACAGACCUAAUUUUCCAAUGGGACCAGGGUCAGAUGGUCCAAUGGGUGGAUUAAGUGGAAUGGAUUCACAUCAUAUGAAUGGAUCAUUAGGCUCAGGAGAUAUGGACAGUAUCUCCAAAAAUUCUCCAAGUAAUAUGAGUAUGAGCAAUCAGCCUGGGACCCCUCGAGAUGAUGGUGAAAUGGGGGGUAACUUUCUAAAUCCUUUUCAGAGUGAAAGUUAUUCCCCCAGCAUGACAAUGAGUGUGUGAUCCAAAACCAAGUUUCUUCAUGAAGGCUGCACUGAGUUGGCCCUCUCCAGAGAGCUACUAAAGAAGAAAAAAAAUAUUCAUCCCUGUGUACAGUUUAACAGAAAAGAUUUCUGCCACAUUUGGACCCACCAUUAUUUUCCAUCCAUCUUCCCUGUCUUGUGAAGAAAGUGGGUCUUGAUCUGAUUUCAGCUAUAAUAUGUGGCAUAUCAGAGCUGCCCAAGACUGAACUGCAAACAAUUAUCUGUGUAUGUAUAUGUAGGGAUAGGUGUAUGUAUGUGUGUGUUAAAUAUGAGCACAUACAUAUAUAGACCUGCAGGACGUUGUAAAAUAUCACAUGACAUCUUAAGUAGAAAUAAGAAAUAGGGACUUUUAUUCCAUCUUUUUUACGUUUACAUUUUAUCUUUCAAAAGAACUGCUUCCUUCUUCCCAUCCAACCUGUUUUGCGCUGUGUAUCACUGCUUUGUAAGUUAUUUUUUUAAAAAUGAUCUCAGAUACAUUCUGUUUUUGUCAUUGUCAGCCAUCAUGGUUAGGAAUAAAAUUGCUUAUUAGAGGGCUUUCAUAAAGUUUUAUUUAAUACCAGUAAUCAUGUGAAUUGAAGACUACACUUACUCAAGAAAUUUUUUUUAUUAAGUCUGUUAAACUUGUUCUUUGCCUUCCUGAAAUUGAGAAAGAAAGAAAUUAGAAGAGUUUUGUGCCCUGCUUCUUAAUAUAUGUCUAUUACUGCUAUACUAAACAUAUUUGCAUGGUGGUAAACAUUGAAACAAGUUUACUCCCAAGUUAUAUGUUGAAGACUAGGAUGCAUAUCCUUUAAUAUUUGCUGUCAAGGUAUGACUGAGUUUAGCUCAACUUUUUGAUCUAUGCAGAGAAAUACAAAAUACUUGUUGGGCUUUGAUUAAAGUGCUAGAGCAUCGAGGAAUAAAAUUGGCAGGAUUCCAAUGUUGGGGAAAUACUUAGUAUGAUCUUCCACAGGUAUUCUAAUUAUAAUUAAAACAGUUAUACAUUAUAUCGCUUAGGCACAAUAUUUUCUUCUAACAUCCAUCAUAAUCUCCCAAGAUUUCAUAUGCAUACUCAAAUUAUUUCAUAUGCCAAAGUGAAAGAGACACAAGUUACUUUCCCUCAUUAUACAUACUGGCUUUAUCUUCAUCUCACUAUCUAUAUUUUACCAUCAAUAUUAUUAAACCACUUUGGAUGUUUCUAAAGGUCCUAUAUAAUCUUAAUGAUCAGUAAAUUCGUUACAUAAACUUUUAAUGUUAGUUUAUGGUAUUUCAUCUGCUGCAUCAAAAACAAAAGCAGCUAUUAAUCUAAAAAUAAUUUUAAUUGGCUUUAUAUUAAAAGACCAUGGUGAAUUUCAUCCAAUAUCCUUUUUUCUUGAGUUUCAAAUAACUCAAAAAUUUAAGGUGCUUUAUAUGAGGAAAGCAUGAUGAUUUCCCCAUCCUGUUUUUGGAAAGUAAAUGACGUGUGAAAAAUUAGCUAUUUUAUAUUUAUUCCUAUUUUCAAUUUUGCUAUAAUGUUUGGUAAUUCCCAUAUAGUAGCAGCUUCCAUUAUCUGCAUAUCUUGUACUGUAACUUUUUCAUUUACUUCCAUAAAUGUGGUAGUAAAUUUGCUGCCUACAAGAAUUUCCACCUAUAAGAAGUAACAAAGAAUUUUACAACAAUUGCAAUCUAUCCAAAUAUACUUCCUGCUGAAAUUGCAAUGAGAGAAUAGUUGAAUAAGAAGCAGUUUUUAAUCUGGAUUUUUUUUUAAAAGGUGGGGGGAUAUCGUUCUUUAAAUUUUAUGCUAGUAUUAAAGAAAACUUAGGGCGGUAUCCAGUCAUGUCAUUCCAGGCAAGAUAGAAUCCACCAGUGGAACAUAAGUUUCCUCUCACCUACCAACCAUCAAAUCUGUUCUGGAGGUUUAGGAAAUCAUAUAGAGCAAAAUUAGAUUGUACCAAGAAAGUAGAAAAAGGGAAAUGAAGUUCCAACAUGGAAGCAAAACAUGAUACUUAACAAAGCUCUUAAGUAUCACCAUUGCUUCUAAAUUAACCUUGAAGAGCUGAGUAAAGUUGCUAUGUGUAAUCUAACACAUGUUUAUAUUUUUACAAAAUUUAAUCUACGACUCCAAAAUGUUUUAUUUCCAUUUUAUUGAACACUCGGAACAAGACAAUAAUUCUAAUUAGUAUCCAGUGAUGUUAUUUUCCUCAGAAAAGCUUUUUGAUUCAACCAAACCUUCCAUGAAUGCAGUGAGGAAAGAGAUUGUGUCUAUUCUUCAAAACGUAUUCCAGAGAAUUGAAAACAAUGGGAAGCAGGUCCUUUCUCUCCCUUUUGUUUAUGGGAACUUCUGCUGGAAUAAAGUGUCUUCUCUGAAUUGAAGGGCAGUUUUGGAUAUGAUUCCUUAACCCUAAUACUUAGUUUUUCAGAUACUCAUUUUAUGCAUGUAAAAAUCUCUGUGCCUAAUUUUUCCAGUAACUCAUUUCCAGUACAUCACAAAAUGAUAACUAUGAAUGCUGUGCACAUAAUAUCUAAUGACAAUGCUAGUUAUACAUUGUAUUUUUGUUUAGAUUAUUCUGUAUGUUCUAGUAAAUUAUUUAUAGAAUUUGGCAAUAUGAAGAACAAAAUUAAAAUAGAUCAUUGAUUUUCAGUUAUUGAUUUAUUUCUCUCAUGUUAAAGUUCCACAUGUACUGUGUGUGGUGUAAUCCUAUAUGAACUUUAAUGCCGUGAUUUUAAUUCCCACCCCCAGAAGAGUGCAUUUAGAACAAUUAAGAUGAACUUAUAUUUUACCUUGGGAAUUUUUAAUGAAAUUACUCCAAAAGCCAAGUGAAAACGGUUCACAAAAUAUGAUAUAUAUCAGCUUCCUUUUGUAUCCUGCUUAAAAAUAUUCCUCAACAAAAUCAAAUUUAUUCCUACCUCUAUCUCUUUAGAAAUAUUCUGAAAACUUUGCUAGAAGUUACUGAAAAAUGAUAAGUAUGUAAAUUAAAAUUGAUUUCAUAGCCUGGAGCAUUGUGUGUAUUUGUGUGUAUGUGUGUGUGUGUGUGUGUGUAUACACACACACAGAUACACAAACACACAUACAAAUUUAAAAUCCCAGAAAUAGAUUUGGUAUCAAGUAAACAUACAGGCUAUAAUCCAUUUUAGUAAUUCCUACAUAAAAUGUUUUAACAUUAAUUUAAAUGUUUGCUUUAAAAUCAAAUCAAGGGUGAUUGAAUUUAGUGUGGUUUUCUUUAUUCUCACAACUUGUUGCACACAUAGGUUCAGAAAAGGUGGUAUAAUUUCCUUUACCUCGCUUUCGCCAAGUCCUAUGCUUCAGCCACAAUGACAGAAAAGGAAAUGGUCCUUAGUGCUUCUAAGUCACAGUAACCAAUUAGUUGGAAGACUCAUUUUUGCCUGAUUCAUCAGAUUAUCAUCAGCUGAACCUUUGGUUGCCACUAUCCUGGCCUGAUUGGUGCACCCCAAAUCAUUUCUUAUCUCUAUACUAGAUUCUAGUGAAAAAAAUAAAUGUAGAACAGCUGACAUCCAAAAGCAGCUGAUUUAGUUAUCAGGUGCUUUUAGUUAAAGCUGUUUCCAACUGACCUUUUUGUUUUUAAGAAAAAUAAUAUAAUGCUGAUUUAAUAUGCAUAUUUCAAUCCAGUUACAAUGGGCUGGCUCAUGUGUAAUGCCAAGCAAUCAAAUCCUAAUUCCUUAAAAUCCUGGUUUAUAAGGCAAGCACAAAUGAUACCCUUAAUAUAACAGCCAUAAAUGAUUUUCUGAAACUCAGAAUUAACCUACUAAGUAAAAAAUGCCAUGAAAAGAAGAGAGGAAGGAAUAAGCACAUGGCUUGCCUAUGUAGCACCAAACAAUUAAUGAUAUACCAAAUCCUUUUGAAAACAGGAAUGUAAAUUAAUCAUAGCUAUAACAAGAGUGACUAUUUGGUUAAUAAGAGUAGCUGUUUUGUAUCUGUAUCGAUUACAACCUAGCAUCAAAACUCAAAACUCAGUUGACUAAAAUUACUAUGUAUCACAAUUGUGAUUAUAUGUCAAUAUGCUGGAUGUAACAAAACUAUGAAAUUAGAUGGUGAAUUUCUUGAAGAGGAUUAAGUUGUACAUUUUUAUUCUUUUACAUUGGUGUCACACAUUUUUGCCAAUAAAUAUUGCACUGAU